UGGAUGCUCCUAUAAAUCAAAGUAGUUAAAGGGCUGAGCUAACAUACAAAUUAAGAGCAUUGAAAGUAGUAGUGAUGAUUAUACCAACUGGGUUCAGAUUCAAUCCCACCGACGAGGAGCUCAUCGAAAUAUUACAAAGGAAAGUUUGUGGGAAAGAAACGCCACUCCAUCACUAUUUCAUUGUUGAAAGAAACGUUUAUGAGCAUAAACCUGAAGAUCUUGAAUGGGAUCAUACGGUGGCUGUACAUAACAACGAGAGAUAUUACUAUUGUAUGAAGGAGAAUGAUUCUCGAGAAGUAUCAGGUCGAGGCUGGUGGAAAGCUACAAGCCAUGUCAAGAAGAUUUAUGCUAAUAACAGACGUGUUGUAGGUUACAAAAGGCCUCUUACAUUUCACAUGUUUAAAGAUCAUGAAAGAAAGCGUAACACAGCCAUCAAAACUAACUGGAUUAUGUAUGAGUAUAGCCUUGAAUCCUGCACAACGGAAUGGAGACUUUGCAAGAUCAAAUAUAAGGGGAAACAAAGUGGGCAAGUGAUAGAAGAAGAUCAUCUUGAGAAUAUCAGAAAAAACUACAGAUUGAGUGAUGAAUCUGAAGCUAGCUGUUCAAUUAUGGACAUUGUUGAAGAAGAACAAGAGAAACCAAAGUUGGUUCACCAAAUAGAGAAAUUAUAUGAGCCUGAUUUUAGCCAAAUCAUGCAAAUGGAAGUGCUCUAUGCUUCAUAUGAUCCAAUCCUAACACACAUUUCAAGCAGUUCCCAUGAUUAUUACUGUGGUGAAGAUGUUCAUCAUCAGCUGGAGCUUCCAUAUUCAUCAUCAGAAGAAGAGUUAUUCCCUAGCCUUUGGUCUUGGUAAUUAAUUAAAACUAUUAUUAUUAUUAUUAUGAUUCUCUAAAUGGAAUAAUUAAAUUAAGUGAGUGUGCCAAUGUGAAAAAUUGUUCUUAGAAUUGAUGAUCAAGAGCACAUGGAAAAGUGGAAUUUGUGGAA